CUGUCCCUCCGCCUCCUCCCCGGCCUCUCCGCCUCAGCCGGAGAAGACGUCCACCUCAUCAAUUUCAAGAAAUCGCUAAAAGACUCUUCUGCCCUCGACCCCACGUGGCUCCCGGGCACCGACCCGUGCAACCGCCGCCUCCCCUGGCUCGGCAUCGACUGCAGCGAGACGGGCUUCGACUCCGUCUCGGCCCUCCUCCUCAUGAACCUCCAAAUCUCCGCCACGUCACCCGAAAUCGACAUCGACUCCCUCGCCAAUUUGAAAGAUCUACGCUACGUAAGCCUCGAGAACAACACGGUCGCGGGCCCGAUCCCGGCCCUAAAUCGACUCGGCUCCCUCAAGUCUCUCUUCCUCUCCGGGAACGGGCUCUCCGGCGAGAUCCCGGCCGACUACUUCCUCAAAAUGGGCUCCCUCAAGAAGCUCCAGCUGGCGAACAACCGCUUCUCGGGCCCUAUCCCGACCUCCCUCUCGUCCCUCCACAACAUCAAGGAGAUCGCGCUGCAGGGGAACGGGUUCUCGGGCCCUGUCCCGGGCUUCGACCAGAAGUCCCUCCAAGUACUCGACCUCUCGCGCAACAAAUUGGACGGUCCGAUUCCCCCGGCCAUGUCGAGGUUCCCGGCCGCCUCGUUUUCCGGGAACCCGGGCCUUUGCGGGCCUCCCCUGUCCCGACCCUGCAUCGCGUCCGAGGUGGACUCGAGCGCGCAGGUCGACUCGGGCCAAAAUAGCAAUAGUAGCAGCAGUAGUAGUAGUGAGUCGGGUUCGAUUACGAAAUGGGUCGUGCUAGGUGUGGUGGUUGCGGUUUUGGUGAUUACGAUAUUGUUCAAGGCGAAGAAGGAGGACGACAGUUUUAGCGUGCUCGGGAAGGAGAAUCUGGACGAGGGGGUGCAGGUGCACCUGCCGAGUGCCGCGAACCGGAGGAGCAUGAGCUCGUCGAGCAGGAGGAACUACAGCUACAAGGAGUCUGGCGGAGCCCACUCGUCGAGAAGGGGUGGAGGGAAGUCGGCGAACGACUUGGUGGUGAUCAACGACGAAAAGGGCGUGUUUGGGCUGCCAGACCUCAUGAAGGCGGCGGCGGAGGUGCUCGGGAGCGGGGGGCUCGGAUCGUCGUACAAGGCCAUCAUGGCGAACGGGGUCUCGGUUGUGGUGAAGAGGAUGAGGGACAUGAAUAAGUUGAAUAAGGACGCGUUCGAGGCGGAGAUCAGGCGGCUCGGGAGGAUAAGGCACCGGAAUGUGCUGCCGCCGCUGGCCACUCCAAUUCCAACUCGUCUCGAAAAUAACCUCCAUUUCUAUCUUCUCUUAGGCGACCGCGGGAUAGCGCACGGCGAGCUCAACUGGCCGACCCGCCUCAAGAUCAUAAAAGGCGUGGCCCGAGGCAUGGGCUUCCUCCACACCGAGUUCUCAAACUACGAGCUCCCACACGGCAACCUAAAGUCGAGCAACAUUCUCCUCGGCCAAAACUACGAGCCUCUCCUCACCGACUACGCUCUCUACUCGCUAAUAAGCAACACGCAGUCCGUGCAGGCGCUCUUCGCGUACAAGUCCCCGGAGGCCAUUCUCUACCAACAACUCUCCCCAAAGAGCGACGUGUAUUGCCUAGGGGUCGUCGUGCUAGAGGUCGUCACUGGGAAGUUCCCGUCACAGUACCUAAACAACCAGAAGGGAGGGACGGACGUCGUGCAGUGGGCCCGCCAGGCGGUGGCAGAGGGUCGAGCCACGGAGCUAGUCGACCCGGAGAUAGCGGGCCCUGGCCCGAAAGAACAGAUCGAGAGGAUGUUGAGGAUCGGGGUCGCGUGCACCGAGGCCAACCCGGAGGAUAGGGUGGAGAUGAGGGAGGCUAUAAGGAGUAUAGAGGAAGUUCAAGGUUGA